AUGGAGAACCGUGAUCCCAUAUAUGUCUGGUGGGACAUCCAGAGCUGCAGACUUCCAUACGGCUACGAACCUCUCCGAGUCCAUGUGGCCGUGAAGUCAGCUAUGAGGAACCUAGGGUUCUUCGGUCCUAUUGACUAUGUGGCUGUUACUGUAAAAGGAUGGUCAUAUGGUGACACCCUAAACAGGAUCGAGACAACUGGGUUUAGAAUUAAGCGUUAUUAUGCAUGGCAGUCGUGCAAUAUGUUCAUUAGGAACAACAUUAGCGAGUGGAUGCAUUCCCACGAGCCUCCAGCUGUUGUUGUAAUUAUCAGCUGUGAUAAAGGUUUAGGAUCCUUAGUAAACCACUUGAGAGUUGUUGAUGGUUUCAAAACAUGUAUCAUCUAUGUCCCAGCCUUCACUUCUGAGAGACUUAUAAGCAUACCCAACUUCUCUUUGCUUUGGUCUGAUGUUCUGGCCAACGCUCCUCUUGUGGAUCCAAGAGAAUAUGAUUUACCUCUGCGUGAGGUUCGGGCUGAGGCUAUAUAUGUUCACCCAUCGCAGAAAUCUGUGGCUGUCACUGUUGGGACGGAUCUUCGUGUAUUUGAUCUUAUAGAGAAGCGUCGAGUUACUCUGAUGGGUAAAUCUCGUAGGUCUUGCCGUAAAUACUCCACUAAUACUAGAGUUGUUCGCUAUGGUGCAAGUGGAAAGCUUUUUGUGUGUGCUAGCAAUGACGGGUGGGUUAAUAUUUGGUCUGCAGAGUCUUGGCACCGUCUUUACACCAUGGUAGCUCUUGCAAUAGCUAUAAGAAGCAAUGAUUCACAUGUUUGCUAUGCGGAUACCCGUGGUGAUGUAUGGGUGGUGGAGCUUGAUGGGAUCGAUGAGUGUAAAGUUUCACCUUGUAAUAAGACUGCUCGACUGCUUUUCCGUUCUAGUAGUAUUAUUACUAGCCUGGAUUUUUCACCUGAUGGUCGAUACAUCCUUAGUGCUGAUCUGGACUUCAAGAUAAGGGUGACUGUUUUUCCAAAGAAUCCUCUACGAGGAGCUCAUGAAAUACAGAGUAUUUGUCUUGGACAUAAAGCGUCCAUUACAUGCAUAGCCUUUGUCUGGAAUUCAGAGCUUAAUCAAAGAUACCUCUUGUCUGGAAGUGAAGAUACAACCGUUCGGCUGUGGGAUAUUUCAUCUGGGUCUCUUCUCCACACAUGUGACAUUAGCACAAUGGGUGAAUAUACUGAGUCCAAUGAAUCUGAGCCACCGGGUCAAGUCACAAUUACUGAUAUGUGCACUAUACCAAAUUCCACUCUUGCAAUAGUGGCUAUUCAAAGCUUUCCAGGAUUGUUAUUGUUAAGCUGUACUCCCUCUAUCUCUAUAAAAAAGGUGAUCCGUAUCCCUGGAGAAAGUUUUAUCCCCACAAGUAUCUCUUUAAGCGGAUCUAUGAAGUUGCUAUGGAUGGUGUCGGGAGCAUUGAAUCCACCUCGCUCAAACCAUCCUGUUUUUUCGAGGGUUAAAGUCAUCUCAUGCAUUGAGGCUGCGCUAUAUUCAAUCCUUGGAGAUGACCAGAUUCCUGGAGGGCAAAAACUGUUGGAGCAAUUGCAACGUAAAGUUCCAACUGAAGACUGUGGUGAGUGCUCUAACAGAAGCUGUGAGAGGAGCAACAAUGUCUAG